UGAUGGAUGUUAUCCAAGCCUGUCCGUUAUUAUAAUGCACCUCAGCGCUCCCAGGCCGGCAAAGUAGCCCGGCGCCACCAUCAAACACAGUUUCUCUUGCAGACCUCCAACUUUGGAUGAUCCCUGCUGCCAUUAAACUAUCGAUCAAUAAAAAUGUCUCCUUGUGCCAUUCCAUUUCCAUCCCCUUCUAACCACUCUUCUCUCUCCAUCUCUCCCACUCCCAGCCGUUCCAAAGCCCUCCUCCCUCUCAACCUCAGCCCAAUAAGAAGCUCCAAUACUCACACCACGGGCGACGGCAAUCACGAGAGGCGAAGGAAAGCGACGCCCAUCGAUCCCCUCGUCCACCCCCCUCCCACCCCCUUUGAUGCCUCCCGCGCGCAGCUCGAUACCGGAGCCACCAAGUCCAGCCUCGCCGGAGAGGCCGGUGUCUCUUUUCGCCGCCAAGAGUGUGGCGGCGCCGCCUCUUUUGCAUCCACCGCUCUCCAGUUCGACGGAAUGCCGCACCGAAAGGCCCCGCUCUACGCAUCGAUGAUUGCCUCCCAUGGCCGGUCGCGGAGGUGGGAAGACGUGCUUUUUGUGUUCGUUCAAAUGCUAAGGGAUGGCGCCAUGCCUGAUAAGUUCCUCCUCCCGAAGAUCCUCAAGGCCUGUUCUGAGCUUAGGAACCUAAGGAUGGGCGCCGCGGUUCAUGGGUACAUGGUGAGAACUCGUCUGGAGCUCGACGUUUUCAUAGGCAAUUCGUUCAUUGAUAUGUAUGCAAAAAGCGGCGAUCUUGCCUCAUCGCGAGCCGUCUUUGAUCGGAUGCCUGAGAAGGAUGUCGUCUCGUGGACUGCCCUCGUGAAUGCCUAUGCUGAUGCUGGGCUUCUGGAUGAGGCGUCCCAGGUGUUCGAAUCGAUGCGGGCGAAUGGGAUUGCCCCGGAUUUGAUCUCGUGGAAUGCUUUGAUUUCUGGGUUUGCUCGGAAUGGGGAGAUUGAUGUGGCCCUCCAUCUUUUUGAGGAGAUGACAGCAAAUGGACCCAAGCCUGGUGCCAAUUCUUGGAACGGAGUGAUCUCAGGAAGUGUUCAAAACGGGAGACUUGAGGAUGCUUUGGAGGUUUUCCGUGGAAUGUGCUUACAUGAGAAUCCCAAUGCUGUAACUGUAGCAAGUAUUCUCCCUGCCUGCUCUGGUUUGGAGGCGCUAAAUCUUGGCAAGGAGCUGCAUUCAUAUGUCAUCAAGAAGGGGAUUCAAAUAAAUGUUUUUGUGGGAGGUUCGCUGAUUGAUAUGUAUCGGAAGUGUGGAAAAUUUGAGUACGCAGAGAGGUUAUUUUUGGUGCUGGAGAACAAGAAUGCGACAGUGUGGAACGAAAUGAUUGCAGCAUAUGCCAACGAGGACAGAAUGAGUGAGGCACUUGAGCUUUUUCGGUCGAUGCAGGAAGAUGGACUGAAGCCUGAUGUAAUCACCUACAACACUCUUCUUGCUGCUUAUGCAAGAAAGGGGCAAAAGGAUGAGAUCUUUAGGAUGCUUUCCGAGAUGAGUGACAUGGGUCUGAAGCCUAAUGUCAUCUCGAUGAACGCACUUGUAUCCGGCUUCCAUCAUUCUGGGCUUACUGUCGAGGCUCUGGAACUUUUUCGAGCUAUGCAGUUGCCAGCAAUGCCCAACCUGAAAAAUUAUGAGCAUCCUAUUAAUAUGCUGCGGUUAUCAAUUCAACCAAAUUCUGUCACCAUAACUUCUGUCCUCUCGGUUUGCGCUGGCCUCGAACUACAUAAUUUAGGAAAGGAAAUCCAUGGCUAUGUACUGAGAAAUUGUUUUGAAUCUAACAUUUUUGUUUCAAGUGCAUUGGUUGACAUGUAUGCUAAGUGUGAGGAUAUGACUUCUGCAACCAAAGUAUUUCAUGAAAUCAGAGAUAAAAAUACGGUGUCUUGGAACAUUCUGAUGGCAGGUCAUAACCACAGUGGUGAGCCAGAAGCUGCUCUGAAACUAUUUCCAGAAAUGCUUGAGCAAAACUUUCUUCCUAGUUCAAUUACUCUCAUGAUCCUUCUGCUGGCUUGCAGCAACGCAGCAGCUCUAAGGUUGGGGAGAGAAUUACAUGGCUACAUUGAGAAAAACAGACCUGAUGGGUACCCAGUUAUUCUUGCCAGUGCAUUGAUAGAUAUGUAUGCAAAAUGUGGUAGUAUUGCAGAUGCCAGAUUAAUAUUUGAUUGUAUAAGUCAAAAGGAUUUAGCAGUAUGGAAUACGAUGAUGGCUGGUUAUUUGCUUCACAGGAUGGCCAGAGAUACUGUUGCCUUGUUUAACGAGAUGGAACAAUCUGGUAUCAAGCCAGACCAUGUUACCUUCACUGCAGUUCUUUCAGCCUGCAAUCAAGAAGGUUUUCAGGAUGAAGGUUGGAAAUAUUUCAGAAUAAUGGAGGAUGUCCAUGGUGUUGCUCCUACCUUGGAGCAUUUCACCUGUAUGGUUGAUAUUAUGGGCACCGCCGGCUUACUAGAAAAGUCAGUGAACCUUAUUACAAGAAUGCCCUUUGAACCUGAUGCUUGUGUGUGGUCCACCCUUCUCAAAGCCUGUAGGCUGCAUUCAAAUUAUGAGAUAGGACAGAGAGCUGCAAGUGCUCUAUUUGAGUUAGAGCCAACCAAUGCUUCAAACUACAUUGUACUUUCCAAUAUCUUUGCCAUGGCUGGCAUGUGGGAUUCUGCUAUGUAUAUAAGGAAUUCUAUGAGGGAUCGUGGUCUAAGGAUGGUUAAUGCAUGCAGCUGGAUACAUAUAGGUAGGAGAGUUCACUCAUUUAAAGCAGGAGAUCGUUCACAUCCGGAAAUCGAUAAGAUUUUGGAUGUAUGGAACAAGUUUGCUGGUAAAAUGAGACGAGCUGGUUAUGUUCCUCAGGAUGUCAUGUUCUGUGAUGAUGGCAAAAUUGAUCCUUUUGCUUGUUACCAUACUGAAAAGCUUGCAGUUUGUUUGGGAAUCAUCUCUUUGCAUACUCGCUGUCAAAUACGUGUCUUGAAAAAUGUCCGGAUGUGCGUGGACUGUCAUGCAUCAAUAAAGUUCAUUUCUGAAAUUGAUGGGCGAGAUAUUCUUGUGAAAGAUGGACGCUUGUACCAUCAUUUCAAGGAUGGCAUGUGCAGCUGUAGGGAAAAGUGGUGAAUUAGCAACUACUAGAAGCUGAUCUGGACCAUCGACCUUGUGAGUCAUAAGAGAUCAUUAUAAUGAAUGUGCUAUUUUCAAGGGCUAAUAUGGAGCAUUGCACCCUUGGUGUAUCAUGUUGACUCUGAGAGCUUGUCUGAUGCAUCUAGCCACAGAUCAACAACAAGAGGUUUGGUGUGUAAGUAAAUCUGGUGCAUGCUUGUCAACCCGAUAUAGUUUGCCUGGUUGAUAUAGUCUGCUCUCUAUGGUUCGUACUUUGAUCUGGAUCUGGCAUAAGCUUCCAGAUAUCUUAUUGGGCCAAUGGAUUGGCCGUGAACUCUGUGACCUGGAACCCAGCAAAGUGUUGCAUGAUGGCAUCAGCAAGUUCUGACCACAUGGUUCUGAAAUGGUGGCUAGCAGAAAUUGCAUUCACCUUGAUUUUAGUUGCACUACCUGAAUUCUUUUACUUGGAACAGUAUACAGUGCGAAGUAUAGAUUGCUCAUCACUUACUGACAUUCGUUUCUACACUUAGUCAUAUAAUAUAAAUGUUUGCUCACCAGAAACCUAUGUUUGUAUUGGGCCUAGUCAUGCUAUUGAACAUUGUUAAUCCACCUCUAUGUUGCGUCACCUGAAUUCUUUUCCUGUGAAAAAUGUGCAGGUUACAAAUGUGCAAUGUUGUAUAUCUUGAGCACUCUCUCUGACACACUCAAAUGAUAUCAAGUCUGAAUUGAACAUACUUGAUGUUUUA